AUGACCCCAACCCCACGCAGCCUCGCGGCCACAGCCCCAGCCGCCGAAGAAUCAGAAGAAGAAGACUACAUGACAAUGGUCAUCCCGGACGCCCUGCCCCCCGGCCGGGGUGGUGGUGUCGCCGGCGCCGGCCCCGAGACAUCUCUCCAGCGCCGGCAGCGCCUCCGCCGCGAGGGCGAGCAGCGCGGCCGCGUCAAGUCGCGGGCCGAGCUGGCCGCUGAGGAGGAGGCCGCGCGCGAGCGGGCCCUCGGCACGUCGCUGCUCGCCGACCCGGCCGUGGCGGGGCGGAGCAAGGGGUUCGCCAUGAUGGCGAGGAUGGGGUUCAAGGGGGGCGCGCUGGGGAGGAAGGGCGGGGAGGAGGAGGCGGGGAACGAGAAGGGGGAGGGGGAGGGGGCCGGUGGGGCGCCUGCUAAUGAUGGGCCGCGGGUGGAGCCGAUUCGGAUAUCGGUCAAGGAUGAUCGCGGGGGCAUCGGGCUGGAGAGCGAGAAGAAGCGGAAGCUCAGGGAGGCGGCCGAGGCGGCGGAGGGGCAGGCCAAGAGGGUCAAGGCGGACGAGGGGGAGUACCGCGAGCGGGUGCGGCGGGAGCGGGAGCUGGCUAGGCUGGAGAGGCAGGUCCACGGCGCCCAGAAGAUCGCGGAGCGGAUGGACGAGGAGAAGGAGUCGGGAAUCGAGGUCGCGGAGAGCGGCAAGAGGAGGACCGUCUCGUCGCGGCCGCUAAAGUCUAUCAGCGUCCUGUGGAGAGGGCUGGUUCGGGCGCGAGAGGAGGCAGAGAGGGACCGGAGGAUGAGGUAUGACCUUGAACAGAGCUUGUCAAGGCUUCCAACGUAUGAGGACGAGCACGAGGAUGAAGACGACAAAAGGGCACUGGGGAAGUCGAAGACGGUCUUUGCUACUGCCCAGGACCUCGACGAGGAAGAUCCUGAGCUGGACGAGUUCAACGCUCUGCCCCCAGAAGAACGGCUACAAAAACUGGUCGACCACCUCAGGAAGGAGCAUCACUACUGCUUCUGGUGCAAGUUCACCUAUCCAGACGAGAGCAUGGAAGGUUGUCCCGGUACGACAGAGGAGGAUCACGACUAG